GUGCUGGAGUUUCAUUUGGAUAUACUUUAAAAUGUGAAGUGCGCUUCACUCUCAAUUUAAUUCAAGAACCAGAAACAACCAGUUAUUUUCACCAUACUUUGGAAGAAGUGAACUAAUCAGUUUAAGAGAACUGGUUGUCUUGGCUUGAAAAUUGGAGGAUUUUGUCCAUUGGACAUCCAGUUUUUGGAAGGGAGAUAGAUUGGUCAGCCUGUUUGUUCAGAAUUAACAUUUUUCCCCUAAGUUUAUUUCUUUCUGGACUACUCAUUGUCAAGAAAUACUUCUCUCUUCCUCAUCAAAAUAGUCUUUUCUCAUUGACAGAAUUUUUGGUAAAUGCAUUUUGAAUUAUAAUGCUGCUCUUGGUUGGGGUUGAAAAAGAGUGAAGAACUAGCUGUCACCACUUAAGUGAAAACAGCUUAACAGUAUCGCUGCUUUAUGAUAUUUACAUGGUUUUCAUUUCGCCUUGCUUCAGGCAACAUGUAUUGUGUCCUCUUGUACAUGUUUGUCAUUGUUUUAGCAAGUAAUUAUCAUUAUUUUUGUUGUUGGUAAUGGUCUUAUUAUUCUACCUUUACUAAUUUGUAUGAUAUAAAUAUGUGUCUCUAUGCAGAUUACCAGAAUUUUUCGAACAGUAUACAUUCUUGUUAAAGUAAUUAGGGCAAUGACAAAUAAUAGAGGGAACUAUUUUAAGGCAUCGGAACAGAGGAGCAAACAUUCUCACAAGGAAUUGGACAAAAAACUUGGCGAGACCUGUAUAUCAAAGUCGGAGGAGCUUUCUGAUCGCUUAACUUGGUUUUGCUCUCUCUUGCCUUCUAAUUAUGAAUUUGAUAAGGAUACAAUGAUCCAAUUAUUGGUUGCACAAGGAUUUUUUUAUCAUGAAUGUGCACGGAGUAUGGAGACUAUGGCAAAUCAACAGUUUGAUGACAUGUUUAAGAAGAGGUUCAUACUGGAAUCUAGAUUUGACAUGGCUAGAGGGAGAAUGAAGUACAAAGUUGAUAACGUCGUGUCCACAAGUCCAUACUUGCGGGUAAAAGAAGCUGAACUGAGUAAUACUUCUGAAGAGGUUCAGCAUUUGUUGUUGCUCUCUGAGAACUUUGAUCAAGCUACUUAUAAAACUCUUAAAGGAUUCAACAAAUUGCAGACUCUUAUACUGUUUUGUCAGCAUGGUGAUUCCAUCAAGCGAGUACCUUAUGAUCUCUUCCUCAAGCUACAACACUUGAGGACUUUGGAUUUGCAUGGAACUAACAUAUCUGAGUUGCCAGAUUCUAUUAGUUAUUUGUCAUCUUUACAUUAUCUUGAUGUCUCUGAGACACCUCUAAGACUCCUUCCUGAAUCUAUAGGUAGUCUUCGACAUCUACAAACACUAAAGCUCGAGAGUUGUUUUAAUUUUUAUAGAUUACCACAGUGUACCAACAAGUUGGUUAAUUUGCGCCAUUUGGAUCUUGACAUUCUUGGCCAACUAACUUCAAUGCCAGUUGGAAUGGGCAAUUUGACCAGCCUUCAGACUCUAAAAGCCUUCCUUCUUGGCAAAGGGGAAGGCUCUGAUGCUAGAGAGUUGAAACAUCUCACAGAUCUUUGUGGGUCAUUUUGCAUUUCAAGACUUGAGAAUAUUUCAGGUUCUGAAGAGGCGAGAGAAAUUGAGAUAAGCAGCAAGAAACAUCUCAGUAAAUUAGAGUUGCGAUGGGAAGGUCAUCAAGAUGAUUUGGCUUUACAUGAGGAGAUAUUGGAAUGUCUUCAGCCUCAUUCGAGCCUCAAAGUGUUGCAAAUAUCUUUUUAUAAUGGCUCUAGGUUUCCUUUAUGGAUGAGUAAUUCAUGUUUGUCCAACAUUGUUAGCAUUACUUUGUACAAGUGUAAAAAUUGUGGUUACUUGCCAUCGCUUGGAGGUUUACCGUCACUUAAAUCUCUUAUCUUUUUUGACUUAUCUGUGGUAAGAUCUAUUGAUCAUAACUUUUGCAAAUAUGAGGGGAGUCAAAUAGGACCUGCAUUUCCAAAGCUUGAAAAAUUAAAAAUUGAUGGAAUGCCCAACCUUGGACAAUGGACAGGCGUUGAGAAUGGGGAUUUUCCAUGUCUCCUUCGGUUGUCAGUGGGACGCUGCCCUAAGCUUAUGGAAAUUCCCAUGCUUUCACUUCUUAGCUGUCUCAAUGUUCUGGAAAUAUGCGAAUGUGAUGAGCUUCAGUCAUUUCCUAUGGGAAACCUUCCAUCAAAGUUGGAGUUUCUUAUUAUAACAGAUUGUCCGCUAAUAAAGGAACUUUGCAUCAAACCUCAAAGUGAGGAGUGGUCUAAGAUUGAACACAUACCGUCAAUCUUCAUUGAUCAUGAAGAGAUGUCUUCAACUUAGGAAGCCAAAUAUGAAUCCAGAUCACUACAACGCUAAAUUGAUUCAUCAUCUUCAACAGGCCGUUAGCAGUGGUGCGUCAAGAUGUUUAUUGUAUCAGCCAAUUCUAAUAAAUCUGUCAACAUUUGCAGUUGUGUUCACUGAUCCAUGAAAGAAUCAAAGCAUUCCUGUAUUAAUUCUGGUUUUGCUGCUUUUUCGGAGAACGGUCAAUUAAAAGAAGUUUGAAAAAGUGUUGACUUUUGUAUUAGCAGCUAGUUAUUUCAUAUCUAUAUAAUAUAGACUUAAAUAUACUAACUUAUGUAAUUUA